AUGGUGAAAUCCUACGACCGUUACGAGCAAGAUGCCUGUUUCGGUGUCAUUGGCGGAACAUCAAAUAUAUUAUGGCUCCCGCCGGCUCCCACGCAGUCGAACAAAUCUGUGGGAAGAGCCGUCCUGGGAGGGCUCGAGGAGAUCUUGAUUUGGGACAUCAAGACGGGAGAGCUUUUGACCAGACUCAAAGACGGAUUGACUCCGGGCGCUUCCAAUGCCCCCACUUCCUCGCCGCCUGCUACUGUGGUCGCUAUCGCGUUUCACGAGCCCACGAACAUUAUGGCAGCAGGCCACAAUGAUGGAUCCAUCAAAGUAUGGGACUUGACAUCGGGGUCUGUGAUGGUGACAUUUCAAGGACACCGUUCCACGAUAAGUGCAUUGAAAUUUGAUAGAACAGGCACGAGAGUGAUUUCAGGCUCGGCAGAUGCCUCGAUCAUCAUGUGGGAUUUGGUCGGUGAAGAGGGUUUGUUCAAGUUGAAAGGUCACAAAAGUCAGAUCACUGGCAUUGCAUUCUUAAGUGAAGAUCCUGGCUCGAAACAAGACGAUGAGUUUGAAGACUACGUCGUCAGCGUCUCCAAGGAUGGCUUGAUCAAGCUCUGGGACACUUCCUCAAAACAGUGCAUCGAGACCCACUUGGCUCACUCUGGUGAGUGCUGGUCUCUUGGCGUGAACCCUUUGCAAGACAUGCUCAUAACUUGUGGUAGCAAAGACCAAGUGAAGGUAUGGGAGUUGAAUCUCUCCAAUGAUGAAGGAGAGAAACUUACAUGUAAAGGUGAGUUUGAGAAACAGAGCAAGCAAAGGUGUCUAGAGAUAUCGUUUACACAGCUCAAAGAUUCGAGCAAUACGUACGACGCAUUCUUCUUGCAAAAUGCGGAUAGAACCACUGAAAUUUUCAGGGUUCGCUCCCCGGAAGAAAUAAAAAAAGGAAUUGCAAAGAGGGCAAAGAGACUUUCGGAGAAGGGUCUUGAGGAAGACGAAAUUUUGCAGUCCAUCAAAGAGUCCGAGAUCAGUAUGCUCAUAACUCCAUUUGCAGUGUUGAGAACGAUCUCAAAAAUCAAAUCGUGCGUGUGGGUCAAAUCAUCUAGAAAAAAGAUGGACCUUCUUCUUUCAUUAACAAACAACAGCAUUGAAUAUCAUAGCAUCGCUCUUCCCGAGCAAGUCAAAAAAGCACAAAUCGGAGAGCUUCAUUCAGUCAAAGUACACUCAAUCGAUCACAAGGGUCAUAGAACUGACAUCAGAUCCAUGGACCUUUCCGAGGACAAUCAUCUUUUGGCCACUGCCUCUAAUGGUGAAUUGAAAGUAUGGAACACAAAGACAGAAAAUGUUUUACGUACGUUCACGCUCGAAAGCGGUUAUGCCUUGUGUUGCAAGUUCUUGCCUGGAGGCACUUUGGUAGCAGUCGGUUUCAAAAGUGGAGACUUGGAGCUUUAUGAUCUUGCCUCUUCCUCCUUAGUGGACAGAGUGGAAAGAGCUCACGAGAAUCUGUCUGUUUUACUUAACGGCAAAGCUGACGAUAACCGUUCUGCGAUAUGGUCUAUGGACCUCACGCCAGAUGGAAAGACCUUGAUCACUGGUGGUAACGAUAAGCGAGUCAAGUUUUGGAACAUCAAGGUCAGCCAGGAGUUGGUUGCUGGCACGGCCAACACCGUAUCUACAUUGAAACUUGUGCACACUCAAACACUUGAGUUGGGAGAGGAGGUAUUGUGCGUGCGUGUGUCGCCAGACUCCCGUCUUCUUGCCGUUUCCUUGUUGAAUAACAACGUUCAAGUCGUAUUCAUGGAUUCUUUGAAGCUAUUCUUGACACUCUAUGGUCAUAAGUUGCCUGUGCUUUCAAUUGACAUCUCCUACGACAGCAAGAUUAUCAUCACAUCAUCAGCAGACAAAAACAUCAAAAUCUGGGGCUUGGACUUCGGUGACUGCCACAGGUCGAUCUUUGGUCACCAAGACUCCAUCAUGAACGUUCGCUUUAUUCCUGAUAGUCAUAACUUCUUUUCCUCGGGCAAGGACGGUAUGAUCAAGUAUUGGGACGGUGACAAGUUCCAGUGCAUUCAAAAGCUCCCAGCACACCAGAGCGAGGUAUGGGCGCUUUGUGUCAGUCGAAGCGGCACUUUCGUUGUAUCUACAUCGCAUGACCACUCCAUCAGAAUAUGGAGUGCUACCAAUGAUCAAGUGUUCUUGGAGGAAGAAAGAGAAAAGGAGAUGGACGAGCUUUAUGAAAAUGAAGUUUUGGAAUCUUUGGAAGCAGUUGAUACCAAGGGAGGCAAAGCCGAUGAUGAAGAUGAUGAACAAACUGACGGGGUGGAAAAGGUCAGCAAGCAGACCACAGAGACUCUCAAGGCUGGAGAAAAGCUUAUGGAAGCUCUUGACAUUGGCACUGAAGAUUUAGAUGCCUCUGAAGCGUAUGAGCUACAAUUGCAGCAGUUCAAGUCGAAGAAGCCUGGAGUUAUGAACCCACAAAAACCCACGCCACACUCGAUCUUGCUUGCAUUUGGAAUGAGCGGCAGUGAAUAUGUGCUUCACACCAUGACGAAGAUUAGGUCAGCGCAUAUUGAGGAUGCGUUACUUGUGAUGCCCUUCUCAUACACACUCAAGCUAUUAAGGUUCAUGGAGAUCUGGACGAACAGGGAGAACAUCACCAAGAAUCUUGUGAACCUCCAGUUGAUUUGCAAGGUGUUGUUUUUCGUUGUGAGGACCAAUGCCAACGAGUUGGUGAACCAGCGAGACGCAAAGAUCAAAGCACACUUAAUGAAGGUGAAGCAGCAGCUUCGAGACGAAUUGAGCAAGGCGUCGAACCAGCUUGGGUACAACACGCAAGGGUUGAAGUUCAAGCGCACACAGUGGAAGGUGCACCACGAAACGGAGUUCAUUGACGAAGCAGAGCAAAGAGAGCAUGAGGAGAAGAAGGCUGUGAAGAGGUCAUUUGCCACCGUAUAG